UGCUAUUCGAGAAUAUCAUUUAACAGUAAUGGAACAAUUUACUGAAUUAAAACAACAGUUACACGAAGCUCGAUUAAAAAAUGAAGCAUUAGAUCAUAGUGUAGCUGUAAUAGCUAAAAAAUUGGAACAAAUCAACCAUGAAUGAGCAAAGUACAGAAAUGGAAGAACAAUGGAUAGAUAAAAUAAUGACAAUAUGUGAGCAGUUUGAUUCAUUUACAAAAGAGAAACACAAAGAAUUACAAUUAAAAGAUUUACUUGAAAAAAAAGACAUAGAAUUAUCAGAAAAAGAUACACAAAGAAAAGAAGAAAUUGAAUUAUUGUCUAAGAAAAUACAUGAUUUAGAAAUGAAAUUGGAAAUGAAGAUUAAAGAUGAAGAUAAAUUACAGGCAAUUGUAAUUGAGCAAUAUACAAUGAUGAAGGAAGAAUUAAACAAAAUGAGAACUGAAAUGGAUUAUGAAACUCAAAAAAAAAAUCAAGAUUUAAUGUCUCAAGUUUUUGCUUUAAAGAAAGCUAUUUCAAAACUCGAAAAAUCAAAAGAGAAACUUGAGAAUGAUUAUGAAAAAAAAUUAUCAUAUAUAAUUAAGGUAUAAAUUAAACAAGAUAUUAAAAUAUUAUAAAUUAAUUCUAUUUUAUCUAUAAUAUUAUAGAACAAAGAUAUGGAAAUAAAAACAUUACAUUUACAACUGCAAAAACAAAAGAAUGAAUUAUGUACAUCUCUGAAUAUAAAAAAACAAAAUGAAAUGGAUAAUAUUGUUUCUACAUUAGAAAAACAGUACAAAACAUUGUUAACAGAAACAGAAACAAUUUCUGAAAAUAAAACUCAGGAAUAUCUCAUGGUAUUGUAUCAUAAAUUUUAUUUAAAAUAAAAUAACACUAUAAGAGUAUGGAAUUAACAUAAAUUAAAAAUUUUAGAAAAUAGCUAUUCUUGAAGAUCAAAUAUUAAAUAUGAAGAAAUUUAACUCGAGUUUAUAGAAUAGUGAAUCGCGUAGUUUAUAGUACAUUACAAUUAUACCAAUUGUACAUUAUGUUUCUUCUUAAUAAAA